CUCCUUUGGUGGUUGAGACACCUAUAGGAUCAAUAAAGGACAGGGUAAAAGCUUUACAGAACAAAGUUGAAGAGGAAGAAGUGCAAAAAAAUACUAAAGUCUUUACAUACGAUGGAAAAUCUUCUAUUACCACAAAGAAAAUGGAGGAAGCUAUGCCAGAACUUCCCAGAGUUCCUAAGUCACCUAGAUCUCAGACAGAAAGAUUAGAGGAAACUAUGUCAGUGAAGGACCUGAUGAAAGCUUUCCAAACUGGGGAGGACCCGUCAAAGAGUAAAUCUGGGCUUUUUGAACACCAAUCCUUGCAGUCUUCUUGUAUUUCCACAUUGAUUUCUGAAUCACCAGGUUCGGAAACAGUGCAUAAUAUAGAACAAAGCCCUACACAGGAGCCAAAAUCACAAAUCCAAACUCAAAGGCCCACGAUUUUCCAUCAACAGAGUAGUGUCAAGAAAGGUGAUCAAACAGACAUCAAGGAUGAACCAGCAAACUUAAUCAGCUGUAAAGAAUCACAGUUCACUUCAGACAGUGUUUAUAUUGAAAAGAUGGUUACAUUUAGUGAUACUGUUCAACGAGAUGAUGAAAGUGUUAGCCCAUUGCGAGAAGUAUCAAACUUGUCAGAGAAGGAGGGAUUCUCUGUGAAACAUCUGAUAAAAACAUUCCAGCCUGGGCAAGAAGAUCAAAAAAGUAAAGCGGGACCUCAUUCAACACUGAUAUUAGAUUCUAAUGAUUCUGAAGAGAGAGAGACAACUGAACAAAGUCCUACACAGGAGCCAGAAUCACAAAGCCAAUCUCAGAGACCCACGGUUUUCCAUUCAAAGAGUGACGCUGAUGUACACGGCAUCAUAAAGACAGACACAGAUGAUCAAUCACAAAGUUUAAUCAAAACGGAACCACAGUUAAUUUCAGACAUUUCCCUGUUGAGAAAGACAGUUACGUUUGCUGACUCAGUUCAGUAUGAUGCUGUUAGCCCACAGCGAGAUGUGCCAGAGUUUUCAGAAAAGCAAAAUGUGUCUGUUAAGGAGCUGAUGAAAACAUUCCAGUCUGUAAAAGACCCCUCAAAAACUAAAGUGGAACUUUUUGAACACAAACCUGUGGCUUCCUCUAUUUCAACAUUAAUAUCCCAUUCAGGAGAUUCUGCAGAGAUACAGAGUACUGAACAAAGUCCUACAAAACAGAUAAAUACUCAAAUCCAAAGUCAGACCCUCACAAAUGUACAUCAACAGAGUGAUGCCAAGCAAUAUGACCAAGCAGAAUUGGUUGAUCAACCAGUAACCUUAAUCAAAAAGGAAUCACAGAUAAUUUCAGUUAUUCCUUAUGGAAAGUCACUAAUAUUUGUAGAUACACUUCAGGGUGAUCAAUUAUGUCUUAAUGAGGGGCCAAAGAUGUUACAUAAAGAUGCCAUGUCUGUGAAGGAGCUGAGGAAAACAUUUGAGUCUCAGAAAGACCCUUUGAAGAGUAAAGUUGGAGCACUAGAGUCAGAGUCAGGCAUUAAGUGGAGUGAACACAGUCCCAGAAAUGAGCCAAAAUUGCAAACCCAAAUGCAGACUAUCACAACUUUCCAACCGCCGAGAGAUGUGAAGGAUUUAGAGGCCCAAACUGGCCCUCUACAGAAUCCUGAGAGUUCACAACAAGUGUUAGAUAUUUCUUGUUUUGGAGAAACAGUAAAAUAUGCUUACGGAAUUCAGUUAGAUGACGGAAGGGUUAGCUCUUGGAGUGAUGAUUCAGAGUUAUCAAAAAGGAUAAUGCAACUCGAAGAACCAGCUAUUAGAAAGAGUAUAUCUGAUGAUACACAGAUUAGCCCUGAUCGCAGACCUUCUGAGGACUUUAGUGCUGACAUAAAAGCUGAGCUGGAGGAAUGUCCAAAGUACCAGCAGUUCAAGCAAACAGCUUCAGAUUUCAGACAUCAACUUGAGACACCUGAAGAGGAGAGCUUUGCUCAGGAUUCUGAUACUUAUUUUGAGGAAGACAUAAGUCCCAAGUAUCUUGAGAGUCACAAACAUAAAGGCAUUGAUAAAUCCUCAGAGACUAGUGUUAUUACAACAUAUCACUCCAGCACUGGUGAGAGAGACAGUUCUGAAGGACUCAUGUCAGGACUGAGCAAUGAAAUCCAUUCGUACUCUACUAAAGAAGAUGGAAUGUACAUUAUACCAUCAGAGGAAGAUCAAAUCCAAGUAGAGAUAAAAACAUCUAGUCAGGCUGAUGUAAUUAGAGAGAAAGAACUCAUGCCAACUUCAGUAACUGAGACUUCACUCCAGGAGGUUUGCAUUGACAAAAAGGUACAUCAGCAAUCAUAUGAGCAAUCCGCAAAACCAAAAGAGAUGGCAGGGAUGCUAUCCCUGCUGAACAGUGACCUGGAUCAGUACCUCAAGGACAAGCCAGUGAAAAGUGAGCAUGCAGAGGAGGUUGUUGUUCAGGGAAACUUUGAACAAGUUAUUCACACCAAAAUACAUCAGUCUUCUAGUGCUGAUAUGAAGGAUGAUAUUAAUGAUGAAGAGACACAGAUUAAUGUGGCUGAAGUAAAAGAACUAACACCAUGUUCUAUAUCAGAGACUCCAUUUCAAGAAACUUGCAUUGAGAAAAGCUUAAGCCUACAACAGUCUUCAACGGAAAAGCAAUCUACAUCUGAGAAAAAUAUGUCUGGCCUGUUGUCACUUCUCAAUAAUGACUUAAAUCAACAUCUUCAGGAAAGGCCAAUGGCAGUACAAUCUGAACCAGAAGAAGAUCUAGUCCAUGAAAGUUAUGAAGAAACUGUAUUGUCAAGUAAUGAUUUACAGGACAAACUAGGUGGUGAGGAAAAUGAAGUCCUGCAGACUAAUGUAAUUACAGAGAAAGGACUCACACCAACUCCUGUGAGCGAGACUCCAUUCCAAGAAAAUUGCACUGAGAGAAACUUAAAACAACAAGAAUCUGCAAGUGAGAAGAAUAUGUCAGGCCUGAUAUCACUUCUUAGCAGUGACCUAGUUCAACAUCUCAAAGAAAAGCCAGUGACAAUACAAUCCCAACCACAAGAAGAGCUAGUCCAUGAGAGGUUCCAACAAGUCAUAUUGACACGUGAUAAUUCGGAGGGCAAAAUAAAGGGAGAGUCAAAUGAAGAGCUUCAGACAGAUGUAAUUGGAGACAGAGAAAUACCAAGUUCCGUGUUAGAAACUCCAUUCCAAGAAGUUUGCAUAGAGACAAAGGCACACCACCAGCCAUCUACAUCUGAGAAAAAUAUGUCUGGCAUGUUGUCACUUCUUAGCAGUGACUUAGAUCAACAUCUUGAGGAAAAAUCUGUGGUAGUGCAAUCUGAACCAGAAGAGGAUGUAGUCCAUGAGAGAUGUGAACAAACUGUAGUGAAAAGCAAUGAUUUACAGGUCAAAAUAGGGGAAGAAACAAAUGAAGAGCUGCUGACUGAUGUAAUUAGAAAGGAAGAAUUCACAGCAACUUUGGUAAGUGACACUCCAUUCCAGGAGGUUUACAUAGAGAGAAAGGCACACCACCAGCAAUCUACGUCUGAGAAAAAUAUGUCUGGCAUGUUGUCACUUCUGAGUCAUGACUUAGAUCAACACCUGAAGGAAAAGCCAAUGGCAAUGCAGUCUGAACCAGGAGAAGAUCUAGUCUGUGAGAGAUGGGAACAAAUUAUAAUAAAAAGUAAUGAUUUACAGGUCAAAAUAGGGGAAGAGCCAACUGAAGACCCACAGACUGAUGAAAUUAGAAAGAAAGAGCUCACACCAACUUCAGUAACUGAGACUCCAUUCCAGGAGGUUUGCAUUGACAAAAAGGCACAUCAACAAUCAUAUGAGCAAUCCACAAAACCAAAAGAGAUGGCAGGGAUGCUAUCCCUGCUGAACAGUGACCUGGAUCAGUACCUCAAGGACAAGCCAGUGAAAAGUGAGCAUGCAGAGGAGGUUGUUGUUCAGGAAACCUUUGAACAAGUUAUUCACACCAAAAUACAUCAGUCUUCUAGUGCUGAUAUGGAGGAUGAGAUGAAUGCACAGACAGAUGAACAGACACAGAUUGAUGUGGCUGAAGUAAAAGAACUAACACCAUGUUCUAUAUCAGAGACUCCAUUUCAAGAAACUUGCAUUGAGAGAAACUUAAACCAACAACAGUUUACAACUGAGAAGAAUAUGUCAGGUAUGGUAUCACUUCUUAGCAGUGACCUAGUUCAACAUCUCAACGAAAAGUCAGUGACAAUACAAUCCCAGCCACAGGAAGAGCUAGUCAAUGAGAGGUUCCAACAAGUCAUAUUGACAAGUGAUAUUUCAAUAGACAUGAUAAGGGGAGAACCAAGUGAAGACCUUCAGACAGAUGUAAGUGGAGGCAGAGAACUAACACCAAGUUCAGUGGUGGAAACUUCAUUUCAAGAAAUUUACAUAGAGAGAAAGGCACAGCACCAGCCAUCUGCAUCUGAGAAAAAUAUGUCUGGCAUGCUAUCACUUCUUAGUCAUGACUUAGAUCAACAUCUUCAGGAAAAGUCUGUGGCAAUGCAAUCUGAACCAGAAGAACAUCUAGUCCACGAGAGAUGUAAACAAAUUAUAUUGUCAAGUAAUGAUUUACAGGACAAAAUAGACGGUGAGGCAAAUGAAAACCUGCACACUGAUGUAAUUAGAGAGAAAGAACUCAUGCCAACUUUGGCAAGUGAGACUCCAUUCCAGGAAGUUUGCCUUGAAAAAAAGGUACAAUAUCAACAGUCAUACGAUCCAUCUACAAAACCAAAGGAGAUGUCGGGCAUGCUAUCUCUGCUGAACAGUGACCUGGAUCAGUACCUCAAGGACAAGCCAGUGAAAAGUGAGCAUACAGAGGAGGUUGUUGUUCAGGAGAAUUUUCAGCAAGUUAUUCACACCAAAAUACAUCAGUCUUCGAGUGCUGAUAUGGAGGAUGAGAUAGGUGCGCAGAUGCAUGACCAGACACAGAUUGAUGUGGCUGAAGUAAAAGAACUAACACCAUGUUCUAUAUCUGAGACUCAAUUUCAAGAAACAUGCAUUGAGAGAAAUUUAGAACAACCAAAGUCUACAACUGAGAAGAAUAUGUCAGGUAUGGUAUCACUUCUUAGCAGUGACCUAGUUCAGCAUCUCAACGAAAAGUCAGUGACAAUACAAUCCCAGCCACAGGAAGAGCUAGUCAAUGAGAGGCUCCAACAAGUCAUAUUGACACGUGAUAAUUUGGAGGGCAAAAUAGAGGGAGAGUCAAAGGAAGAGCUUCAGACAGAUGUAAUUGGAAACAGAGAAUCAGCUUUGGAAACUUCAUUCCAAGACGUUUGCAUAGAGAGAAAGGCACACUACCAGCUAUCUACAUCUGAUAAAAAUAUGUCAGGCAUGUUGUCACUUCUUAGUCAUGACUUAGAUCAGCAUCUUCAGGAAAAGUCUGUGGUAGUGCAAUCUGAACCAGAAGAGGUUGUAGUCCAUGAGAGAUGUGAACAAACUACUGUGAAAACUAAUGAUUUACAGGUCAAAAUAGCAGAAGAGGCAAACGAAGAGCUUCAGACAAAUGUAAUUGGAGACAGAGAAUCAGUGUUGGAAACUCCAUUCCAAGAAGUUUGCAUAGAGAGAAAGGCACACCACCAGCCAUCUACAUCUGAUAAAAAUAUGUCUGGCAUGUUGUCACUUCUUAGUCAUGACUUAGAUCAGCAUCUUGAGGAAAAGUCUGUGGUAGUGCAAUCUGAACCAGAAGAGGUUGUAGUCCAUGAGAGAUGUGAACAAACUACUGUGAAAACUAAUGAUUUACAGGUCAAAAUAGCAGAAGAGGCAAACGAAGAGCUUCAGACAAAUGUAAUUGGAGACAGAGAAUCAGUGUUGGAAACUCCAUUCCAAGAAGUUUGCAUAGAGACAAAGGCACACCACCAGCCAUCUACAUCUGAGAAAAAUAUGUCUGGCAUGUUGUCACUUCUUAGCAGUGACUUAGAUCAACAUCUUGAGGAAAAAUCUGUGGUAGUGCAAUCUGAACCAGAAGAGGAUGUAGUCCAUGAGAGAUGUGAACAAACUACCAUAAAAAGUAAUGAUUUACAGGUCAAAAUAUCAGAAGAGGAAAUCGAAGAGCUGCAGACUGAUGUAAUGGUAGGCAGAGAAAUACCAAGUUCAGUGGUGGAAACUCCAUUCCAAGAAAUUUGCAUAGAGAGAAAGGCGCACCACCAGCCAUCUACAACUGGGAAAAAUAUGUCUGGCAUGCUAUCAGUUCUUAGUCAUGACUUAGAUCAGCAUCUUCAGGAAAAGUCAGCAGUAGUGCAAUCUGAACCAGAAGAGGAACUAGUCCAUGAGAGCUACAAGCAAGUUAUAGCAAUAAAGGAUUUCAAACAAGAAACUCAUGCCUUAUCUCCUGAACAUAAAAUGAUGUCACCAGGAGAUACACUUUUUGACAGCCUGGAUAUCACUAAAAAACAACCUUUGGAAAGUGGUUGGCACACAUGUUCUAAAGAAGAUGAAGGCCUGAAGAGUUUUUCAUCUGAGGAAAUUAAAACCUUAACAACGGAAUGGAUGGUGGAUGGGAGGUCAUAUGCACAUGACUAUAAAAGUGACCAUGAAGAUGUUAGUGUUGCUGUCUCUGAUUCUGUUCUCAAAACACAUCUUUUUCAAGUACCAAGUAGUUUUAACACACUACAGCGACCGGCUGAUUUAGAAAAUCUAAACACUGUUGUAUUUGAUGACCCAGCUAAUGAGUCAUGUCAUCGAGAUUCACUAGAAGCUAGCCCUCUUGUGGAGGAUAAAUCGUCACAGAAAUCCCCUGAUUCAAUUGAACCAAGCCCUACCAAAGAAUCUCCUUGUCCAGACUCUCUUGAGGGAAGUCCUACUCAGUCAAACAAUGCAGACGUUAAGAUCCCAGCAAAGACUGCUGUAUAUGAAGAUUAUGCUUCCCAGCUCAGAGCAUGUUUUGCUGAUGACAAAAAUAUUUACUCAGAUGAAUGUGAGCAUGAUAACAAUCUUGAGACAACUGAAAUACACAGUGAAAAUAAAGAAGACAAAUAUUCUGAAUCCACAAAGAGAGUAGCUCAUGGUGAGAGUCUUCACAUGUUUGUAAGGCAAGACUGUUUUGACACAGAAGAAAGGGCGGUUGAUGGCACCAAUAAACGGUUAACACCAGAAGAGGAGAUGUUUAAAAUGGCUGCAAAGAUCAAAACAUUUGAGGAGAUGGAACAGGAGUCUAAACUGUGGAUAGAAAAAUCUUUUGAUGCUAUUGUACUAUCAGAAACAAAUGGUCAUGAAAAUGGUGAUCUUAAAUCUGGCCCGGUUUCACAGUCUGUCCCACAAGAUACAAUAGAGAAAAUAACAGAGAAAUGUGUGACAGAAAGCAUUCACACACAUAAGGAGGCACUGAAUAUUACUUUUAAUAAGAAGGAAGAAAUUCAGUCAGAUCCUAAAAGUACUCACUCAGUUGACAGUUCACUGUGUUUAACUGCAACUCCAGAUGAACCUGAUCAAGAAUGUGAGUACUCUGUGCCACACAAAGAUAAAGACACUAUUGGAGGUGCAGUCACUGACAUUCCUUUUUCUGGCUCAGAUGAACAUCAUUUAAAUGAUGACAAAGAAGUUGGAUCACCAUUUACAGUCGAUUCAGCUUCAGUCAGCCAACCUCAGACUACGGUGUGUACUAAAGAAGGAGAAUUUGUUGUAGAGUGUGAGGGUCUUUGCAUUUCAGAGGACAGAGAAACACCAGAUAAAACACCAGGUGAUGAAAAAAACCCUGAUCCAUUUCAGUUUCAAGAGGGAAAGCUAUUUGAAAUGACCAGAGGUGGAGCUAUUGACAUGACAAGAAGCUUUGAUGAAGAAAGGGAAGCAUAUGCAUUUUUUCAUAUUGGGGAACAUCCAGUUGAUGAAGUUGUGCCAGAAGAGACUGAACACUCUCAAUCAAAGUCUUUAACUUUACAGAUGAAUGAUUAUGUCUCAGAUGUAACCCAUCAAGAAACCCCAAAUUCAUAUUUGACUCAGAGUACCAGUGACAAAGCAUCUAGUCCCAAUUCUGAAACUGUCAUCGUAGCUACAAGUGGAAAAUCACAACUUGAGAAGCCACUUACUAACGUUGAAAGUGCCAGCUCUAGCUCUGCUUUAGACAAUAAAAGCCUUGAAAGUCUCGGUGUAAUCUAUCUAGACUCUACCAUAGCCGAUCUUCAAUCACACAUAUCCACAGUCGCUCAUUCAUUCUACUCAGACCAGAGCCAUGAUUUCUCAGACUCCUCCCCUGAUGAUGAUGAUGAUGAUGACGUUGAGGAGGAAGAAGACCAGUGCUCAGUCAUAGAGAUGGCCUUUUCAUCUGGUCAGCCUAGCAUGCCAACAUAUAAUCAGGACUCACCCACACCUUUGACAAAACCAGCCACGGCAGUUAAGGGAGAUGGUCAUUAUAAAAAAGCCAAGAAAAACACACAGAUAUCUCAAGUUCAUGGAGAAGAAAAAAGGUCCACCUUAGCCCGUAGGACUAGAUCUGAGGCUAGUGACAUAAAUAAAUCCUCUGUAAAAGACAGCAGGAGUUAUUCUGAUGGUAGUCAGCCCACUAAUACAACUGACCUUUCCCCUUCCAAACUUACUGUAAUGACGCAAGAAAAAGCUUUACCUCAUAUGAUCUCGACAUGCUCUUCUCCAAGGAAAGACAGCCAACUGUCCAAGACUAUAGAAACAUCUGUUAGGCCUUCUUUGGAUACCGAUGAUAUAAGUAGCGCUAGUCACAAGAGCCCAGAUUCUGUUAUCUUCACAUAUGACAUUCCUGCUUCGCAUAGUUCAGGUUCUGAUGGCAGUAGAGUAGAGCCAACAGAGCAUUUGUCUUGUGAGACAGAGGAUGUAUUUGAAUCCAGGCCUGCCUGGAAUGAAACAGUGGAAACUCAGAUGCAGAGAGUCAUCGAUGACCAAACUUCAGAAUGUACGGCAGUCGAUUGGCAGGAAGAUGCUGACAGGAAAGAGGAGACAUUAGCUAUCAUUUCAGAUCUUCUUGGCUUCAGCUGGACUGAACUUGCAAGAGAACUGGAAUUCAGUGAAGAUGAUAUUCAGCUAGUGAGAACAGAGAAUCCUAAUUCCCUCCAAGAGCAGAGCCAUGCUUUACUGCAGCGCUGGGUUGAACGUGAGGGCAAACACGCCACAGAGGACUGUCUGAUUAAGAGGCUGACUAAGAUCAACCGCAUGGACAUUGUUCAUCUUAUUGAAACCCAGAUGAACAAGUCAGUUCAAGAGCAAACAUCUAGAACUUAUGCAGAGAUAGAGAAGACACUGGAUCACAGUGAAGUGUCAGUAGCCUUAUCUUCAGUCCAAGAGGAUGCAGAUAGCCCCAGAGUCGUGAGAAAAGUGGAGUCAGAUCGCAGACCACCCCCAGCUGUUUCAGAAGAGGACCUCUCAGUCGCUUCCCUACUGGAUAUUCCUUCGUGGGCAGAGCCUGUUGGACAGAUCCAUUCAGAGAGCAUGCAUGGUGACCUAUUGGAGGAGCUUGAAAUCCCGCAUGAGUUGAAUCCUAACUUGUGGACCUCUGAGGAUGUAAUUACACGUGAAUCAAGUCAAGACAACUUAGAUGAGCAAGCUGAUGAAAUGCCAGACCUCCCUGCCCAGUCGGUGUCAGAAGAAAGGUACAAGGAUGAAAAUGGACACAUAGUUGUCAAAAAGGUUACCCGUAAAAUUAUACGUAAGUGUGUUUCCGCGGAUGGUGCGGAGCAUGAAGAGACGACCUUAGAAGGAGCUCCUCAGGGGUUUGUCCCUGCAGCGGAGGGAGAUGGCUACUCUAAGGUUGUGAAGCGGACAGUCGUGAAAAGUGAGGGAGACCACACAGAGGUGACUUUUACCGAACGUGAGCAUUCGUCAUCAUCAAGGCAGGAGACGGCUGAUGGCCGCAAGAUCAGUCACACGGAAAGGACAACUGUGUUGGAGGGUGAAAGGACAGUGACACACCAUGGUGAUCAGUCUUUGACCUCUGAUCUGCCUACAGCCCAGGACGACUUCAAGAAGGGCCCAUCUGCGUAAAGGUUGCACUCUCACACGAACAGUGGUUGAGGGAGCUGGGCAGCGCAAACAGGUCAUUCAAGAGAAAGUGGACCACCCCAGAAAAGGAUCGAAAACCCGUGAUCUCCAACAGCAUCUCCACCAGCUCUUUCACCGCUACUACGAAGAAGAAAAGAACAAUGACGAUGAGGAAGGAAGAGUAAAUGAUUGAGUAACACUCUGCCCAACUCCCUCGUUGUGCCCAUGCUAAAAUCCCUGCUAGUCCUAUGCAUUAGUCACAUGCAAUCCUAGUGUGCACAAACACACCUCAAAGCUACCACAGUCUUCCCCUUUAGGACCUGGAAGAUGAUCUUUAGUUCUUGAUUUGGAGUUUUUUCCCUGUGUGGUUUUAAAGUACUUCUGAGUUUCUUUGUUUUAUUUUUUAUUUUUUUGCCUUUUGUGACCAAAGAAAGCCUUUUGUUGAUCUCCUGAUUGUUUUACUUUCUGAUUCAAGUUGUCUGAUAGGUUUGUCUUAUCCUGUGGUAGAGCAACAGAACACUCAAAGAAAACAGAGCGACACUAUCCCCAUCAAAUAACUCACAAACCUCCAGAAGAUAAAGUACAUUUUACCUAAAAAACACUGGUACUGCUCUUGGAGUAGGUGCUUGGACUGAAAGACGAUAUUUCACAUUGCACUGCCUCUCACAACUUUCACAGAUAAUCCUUUAUGAAAAAAAAGAACAACUUCUCACUCACUGUACUAGCCUCUGCUUUUUUGAUUCAGAUGGUCAAGAUGUCACAAACAGAAAAUCAGACUGUACUGACACUGAAUUUAACUGCUGCUGUUGUGUUUCGUGUUGACUAUGUGUACUCUGUCUUUGGGAAUUAUAUAUUCUAUUUAAUCUCAACAUUACUGACAUCUGUAGCCUAGGAAUGAAUAAUCACUCAUGUGAACUUAACAGGCAUGACUAAUCAACAUCUGUCAGUUUGAUCCUAGCUUUGACUGCUUUGUCGUUGUGUGGAUUGCCCUUCUGCCUUUCUUUACCUUGUGUGUGUGUCUUUUAUUCUUUAUUAUUAUGUUUCAACUAAACAUUGUUGACCUCCACUUUUAAAGUAUGGAUGUGAUGAGUGCAUGUGUGACUGUACGUGCUUUAGGUUUGAUUUUGUCUGUGCAUUUGAUGAGUUAAAUACCACACUGAACGCUGGUCAAAAGUUUCUGUAGGUGAUUUUAACUUGUUUGCUGAUGUUUGUUUGUUUGUUUUUUCAUUUUCAUUUCCGUGUAGAGAAGUUAUUUAAUUUAAUAAUUCAGCCCCUCAGGAUUUGGCACUGGGGAAUGGAAUAAUCCCAGUUUUCUAAUAUUACAUUUGUGGUAAGAUGAUGAUACACUCAGUGUUUUAUUUAUGUAAAGAUUUGUUAGUUUAUCUUUUGAAUCCGAUUGUUGAAGUAGAUAAAGGCAGUUUUGUGUUAUGUGUGUGAGUGAAUGAUUCGGCGUGUGUAGUUAAAGAGUGUGUAGCAGUUUCUGUCAGCAAAGAAAAGAAAUGUUUAUUUUACACAAUUAGCAUUUGCACUCCUGAAUGUCAGAAGAGGAAACCUCCAUGCUUUCUGUGCACUGCAAUACAAGGUACAGAAUAUAUCAGCCACAGGGAUAGUCUCAUUGUGGAGGGAUUGCUGUAACAAAGCAGGUUGAGAGCUUAAAUAUAUGACUAUCCACAGCUCGGAGCAUCGCUACUGUUUGUAUUUACAACAUGCAAUGUAUUUACUCUCACUCUCACUGUUUAUUUUGUGAUUUAGAGAAAAAAAUGCAAAUUAGUGGAGAUUCACUGUGACAGAUAUGCUUUUAAUUUGAAGACUCAGCAUCCCUUCUCUGUGAUGAUGACCCGUUAUAUACAUAUACAAUGCAUAUAUAAAUAAAUAUCUAUAAAGGCAUGUAUUACUGUAUCAAAAUUCAAAAAUGCAGAAAAGAAAAUGGCUGCAGUGUAUCUAUAGCUGAGAAUAAAAAUCUACAAAUGUGCAGUGUUGUAUCUGAUUACAUCUUUUAACUGUAGAAAGGGCCAUUUUGACAUGCCAGAACAGUAGCUUGGGUGUAUUGUUGAUGGUUGUGUCUCAGGGGAGGUCUUGCAUAACCAAGUUCAGAGCUUACUGGAACUGAGAAUUAUUAAUUCCAUCUGUGCUUUUCUAGAAACUACUUUAGUCUGCUUCUUUAUUUGCAAGAGGU